AUGUCUUCACGUCUGAACGAGUUCUUGACCAAUGAAGACAUACGCAAGGAGGUCGUUGUCACGUUGUCCGGCGAUUUCCAAGUAUACAGGUCAAUGCCCUCAUCAAUCAAGUUCCUGACUUCAUCCUACUACGGUAUCUACGACCAACUAGAGGUAUCUGCCAAGACGUUUAAGGCCCGAUUUUCUUCCACCUUCCUUAAGUCUCGGGGGGACAUGAGACCACCGCUGGAAUCCAUUGACGCAAGUGCUGCUGGGGAAGAAUGGAAAGAAUUCAUGCUGAAGACAUUCUUCCAAUCGAAAGCAGAACCUAAGGCCGAUGAUGUCAUCGCAGCGAUUCAACACCCCUUCAUUGUCGCAGAGUUUUGUAAAGAUGAGACGCGCCUGAGAAGGGCACGGGAGUCCAUGACCCCAGAGAUUAAAACUGAGCUUGCAAAUGCAUUUGAAACCUCAUUCCAGAACGAUGAGAUCAGGAAAGCUUUCAUUCAGCAUCUGAAAUUCCGAGCCCACGGCAUUAUGGAGGACGUUGUCCGUGAUCGCCGGACUUCCUAUUCGCGGUGUCUGAACAUCAUCGCGUCCUCUGGACAGGGCAAGUCCCGGCUGAUGAAAGAGGUUGGCUACGGUCGACGGGACUGCAUUCCCCCCACCCCGGAGGAUGAACCGGUGUUCUGUAUACCGAUCAAUAUGCGAGAAUUGGACGCACCGGGAUGGCCAUUGACGGACGCCGCUGUAUUGAAGUACUUCGAGACGUUGAAAGGGGAUAGUGAGGACACCCAACAGUCAGUCAGGGCGCACUGGAGAGCAGCAGUAUUCAUAUCGGAAGCACUCGAGCAUGCCUUGACAUGCCUCAAGAACCUUCUUCCAGAGGCAGGAUGGAGGGAAGAAAUCGAGAAUCCCGAGAUCGAUUUUGGCAAGAUGUUGUCACUAAGGCGGAGGCAGUAA